GUGCUCUCUGGGGAAUCCUCUCACACUGGUGGUGGCCAUGGGAAAGAAAGUGGCUCUUGUGCUGGCUGGCUGCGGAGUAUACGAUGGGAGUGAGAUCCACGAGUCUUCUGCUGUCCUGGUGCAUCUCAGCAGGGAAGGGGCACAGGCAGAGGUUUAUGCUCCUGAUGUGGACCAGAUGCAUGUCGUGGACCAUACAAAAGGACAGCCAACUCAGGAGAAGCGCAAUGUGCUAGUUGAAAGUGCCAGAAUAGCCAGAGGCAACAUCAAGGAUCUAGCUAAGCUGGAUGUCAAGGGCCUGGAUGCCCUAAUCAUACCAGGUGGUUUUGGAGUGGCUAAAAACCUGAGUACUUGGGCCACCCAAGGGAAGAACUGCAUCAUCUCCAAAGAGGUGGAGGAUGUACUGAAGGCCUUCCAUGCUGCCAAAAAACCCAUUGGCUUGUGCUGCAUUUCCCCAGUACUGGCAGCCAAAAUCUUCCCAGGCUGUGAGCUGACUGUGGGGCAUGACACAGAAUGUGAGAAAUGGCCUUAUGCAAAGACAGCCGAGGCCAUGAAGGAACUCGGCUGCAAGCAUGUGAACAAACACGUCACUGAGAUUCAUGUGGACAUGAAGAACAAGCUGGUGACCACCAGUGCCUUCAUGUGCAAUGCCCCCAUUCAUGAGAUCUAUGAUGGUAUUGGAAAAAUGGUCAAAGAAGUGGUCAGACUUGCCUGAAUGCCACAAAGCUGAAGGAUCCAACUCUUCUGGAGUGUAGGCACUGAGCAUAAAAUAAUGUCUUUUCCCCUUUACACCCACAAGUCAAUAGGAAA